AUGAUUGGCGGUUUAUUUGUCUACAAUCACAAAGGAGAAGUCCUUAUUUCACGAAUCUAUCGAGAUGAUGUUACGAGAAAUGCGGUGGACGCUUUCCGUGUCAACGUCAUUCAUGCUCGACAACAAGUCCGGUCGCCGGUUACAAACAUGGCUCGAACCUCAUUCUUCCAUGUGAAACGAGGAAAUGUUUGGAUUUGCGCCGUUACUCGUCAAAAUGUGAAUGCAGCAAUGGUUUUCGAGUUUCUUAAACGAUUUGCUGACACUAUGCAAUCGUAUUUUGGAAAAUUGAAUGAGGAGAACGUUAAGAACAAUUUCGUUCUUAUAUAUGAGCUUUUGGACGAGAUUCUCGACUUUGGAUAUCCACAAAACACUGAUCCGGGAGUAUUGAAAACUUUCAUCACCCAACAAGGCGUUCGCACAGCGGACGUUCCUACUCCUGUGACGAAAGAAGAACAAUCGCAAAUCACUUCUCAAGUCACAGGCCAAAUUGGAUGGCGACGUGAGGGUAUCAAAUAUCGACGUAAUGAACUUUUCCUGGAUGUUAUUGAGUAUGUCAAUUUGCUGAUGAGCCAACAAGGACAAGUUCUUUCCGCUCAUGUUGCUGGAAAGGUGGCAAUGAAAUCAUAUUUGAGUGGAAUGCCCGAAUGUAAGUUUGGAAUCAACGACAAAAUCACGAUUGAGGGAAAAGCGAAGAGCAGUACUGACGAUCCGAACAAAGCGAGUCGCGCAUCAGUGGCUAUCGAUGAUUGCCAAUUUCAUCAAUGCGUGAAAUUGACGAAAUUCGAUAGUGAACAUGCAAUUUCGUUUAUUCCGCCAGAUGGUGAAUAUGAGUUGAUGAGGUAUCGAACCACCAAGGAUAUCCAACUUCCAUUCCGCGUCAUCCCACUGGUUCGAGAGGUUUCACGCAAUAAAAUGGAAGUUAAGGUUGUCGUCAAGUCCAAUUUCAAACCGUCACUUUUGGCGCAGAAAAUUGAGGUGCGCAUUCCGACCCCACCAAAUACAUCAGGAGUUCAACUGAUUUGCAUGAAAGGAAAGGCCAAGUACAAAGCUGGAGAAAAUGCAAUUGUUUGGAAAAUCAAAAGGAUGGGUGGAAUGAAAGAAAGUCAAAUUUCUGCUGAAAUCGAUUUGCUUUCAACUGGCAACGUUGAAAAGAAGAAAUGGAAUCGUCCGCCUGUUAGCAUGAACUUUGAAGUACCGUUCGCUCCUUCUGGCCUCAAAGUACGCUAUCUCAAAGUCUUUGAGCCGAAACUCAACUAUUCUGACCAUGACGUUAUCAAGUGGGUGCGAUACAUCGGACGCUCAGGAUUGUACGAGACGAGAUGUUAA